UGUCAUCCCUUUUCUAUUUCUUUGUCUUUAAUUACAUACAUAUUCUAAAAAGGCAAAAGGUAGAAGAAAGGCAUGCAAUUAAAGUAGAUGAUUGGGAAAGGAUCAAUCGUACUGCGCCUUGUUUGCUGCUGCUCUUGUAAAAAUUAGGAAAUAUCAAACCCCGUCAGAAUUUGCCGGGUUCAGCUACUAUGUCCCUAACCAUAAUAUACCCCCUACCCCCCACCAAUGGACCCCCUAUACCCCCACUACUCUUUCUUCCCCUCCUAUAAAUUAAAACUCAAUCUUUAUUCUAUGCAAAUCCCUAACAAACAAAUUUCUUCUCAAGAAAAAGAAAACUCCUUUUUUUGUCCAUUACAAAAUGCAGGUAGUGAAGGAGUCGUCAUCUUCUAUGAGAAUCGUUGGAGAAUCAAGAAUGGAGUCGGUAUACGAGAGGGUACGGUUCUUGGUCUCGGGUAAUGCGGUGGUGGUUUUCACUAUGAGUGGUUGUUGCAUGUGUCACGUUGUGAAGCAGCUCCUAUUCGGGCUUGGUGUGGGACCCACUAUUGUCGAGCUCGAUAGGGAUGCUGCUGGGAAGGAAAUUCAUGCUUUGUUGUUUCAACUAGCAGGGGAUGGCCAGCAGCAACCUGUGCCGGCCGUCUUCGUUGGUGGGAAAUUCUUGGGAGGAAUUGAAACAGUUAUGGCUUGUCAUAUAAAUGGUACACUUGUUCCUCUACUCAAAGAAGCCGGAGCGCUCUGGCUUUGAACUUUAAAUCUUGAAUCCGUUUCAUAUACUAUUAGUAAAGGGAGACAAAAGAGUCUGAUACUAGAUGUCUAGUAUUGCUCUUUUUGUUAUUUUUUUUCUUGGUUGAGGAAUUAAGGGAAAAAAAGAGAGAAGAAAUUAGGGUUUGUUGUAUUUUAUAAUGACUUACUCUAUAUAUUAUCUUGGAUUUCAAUGAAUCAUGUAUGUAAUCUGAAUAUGUUUUGUCUUAGUUUUAUCUUCAUCAUUGGUGCAAUAUUAUUUGGAGUUAUGAGGUUUACUAGUACUAGAGAGAAGGGAGAUAAAAGGGACUGUUUAAUUUCCCUUUUUCACCUUGCUGUCUGCCUGUCGGAAAGAAAGGAUACAGAAACUUUAUAAAAACUAGUUAACUAUGCAUAU